AUGGGGAGAGGUAGGGUUCAGUUGAAGAGGAUCGAGAACAAUAUUAGCAGGCAAGUGACAUUCUCCAAGAGAAGAACUGGUUUACUAAAGAAAGCUCAUGAGAUCUCUGUUCUCUGUGAUGCUGAUGUCGCUGUGAUUGUUUUCUCUACAAAAGGGAAGCUCUUUGAGUACUCCACUGACUCCAGCAUGGAAUCGAUCCUUGAAAGAUACGAAAGAUGCUCGUAUGCAGAGCAGCAGUUUGUACCACAUGGCCCUGAACAUCAGGGAAGCUGGUUUUUGGAGCACCCAAAGCUCAGGGCUAGGGUUGAACUCUUGCAGAGAAACCUAAGGAACUAUACAGGACAAGAUUUGGACCCUUUAAGUUACAAAGAACUUCAACACCUGGAGCAAAAAAUAGAUACUGCUCUUAAGAGCGUACGAUCAAGAAAGAACCAACUCGUCCACGAAUCCCUUGCAGAAAUGCAGAAAAAAGAAAAGGCACUUCAGGACCAGAACAACAUACUAGUAGAACAGGUCAAGAAAAAACUGAAGGCGCUAACUGAGCAAGCACAAUGGGAGCAGCAAAACCUUGGCCAGAACUCGUCCUCUUUUAUGCCACCACAAGCACAACCUCCACUGCAGCCGUCGAUGCUAUCACAUCCUCCACCAACUAUAGGUGGCAGUUUCCAGAUUAGAGGAUUCCUGAACGGUAACAAGGAUGUUGAAGUUCAAACUCAACCUAGCACCAUGCCACAUUGGAUGCUUCGCCAUGUCAAUGAUAGAAUUUGA